AAAGGAGCUGUUUAACCUCCCACAAUGCCCUUUUCUGACUUUGUCUUAGCACUGAAGGACAACCCAUACUUUGGGGCUGGUUUCGGCCUCGUCGGGGUGGGCACAGCCCUGGCAUUAGCCCGGAAAGGGGCCCAGUUUGGGCUGGUGGCUUUCAGGCGCCAUUAUAUGAUCACCUUGGAGGUGCCCAGCAAGGAUAAGAGCUACCACUGGCUGCUGAACUGGAUCUCCCACCACGCCAAGCACACGCAGCACCUCAGCGUUGAGACAUCGUACCUGCAGCAUGAAAGUGGGCGCGUCAGCACCAAGUUUGACUUUGUCCCCAGCCCUGGGAACCAUUUCAUCUGGUAUCGCAGGAAGUGGAUUCGCAUUGAGCGCAACCGGGAGAAGCAGAUGAUUGACCUGCACACAGGGACCCCCUGGGAGUCCGUCACCUUCACUGCACUGGGCACCAACCGGGAGAUCUUCUUCAAUAUCCUCCGGGAAGCCCGGGAGCUGGCACUGCAGCAGCAGGAAGGGAGGACGAUCAUGUACACGGCCAUGGGAGCAGAGUGGCGGCAGUUCGGCUUCCCCCGCCGCCGCCGGCCUCUCAGCUCAGUAGUGCUGGAGCAAGGUGUGACGGAGAGGCUGGUCCAGGACGUGAAGGAAUUCAUCAACAACCCCAAGUGGUACAGCGAGAGAGGGAUCCCCUACCGAAGAGGCUACCUGCUGUAUGGUCCUCCUGGCUGUGGGAAAAGCAGCUUCAUCACAGCCCUGGCUGGGGAGCUGCAGUACAGUAUCUGCCUGCUGAGCCUCAGUGACCGCAGCCUCUCUGAUGACCGGCUCAAUCACCUCCUGAGUGUGGCACCACAGCAGAGCAUCAUCCUGCUGGAGGAUGUGGACGCUGCCUUCGUCAGCCGGGACCUCGCCGCUGAGAACCCGGCUGUGUACCAAGGCAUGGGCCGUCUGACCUUCAGUGGCCUCCUCAACGCGCUGGAUGGUGUGGCCUCCACAGAAGCCAGAAUUGUCUUCAUGACCACCAACUACGUGGACAGGCUGGACCCGGCCCUGGUGCGGCCCGGCCGCGUGGAUCUCAAGCAGUACGUGGGCCAUUGCUCCCACUGGCAGCUUGCCUGCAUGUUCCAGCGCUUCUACCCCGAGCAGCCCCUGGCUGCAGCUGAGCGGUUUGCGGAGCAGGCGCUGGCAGUCUCCAAACAGAUCAGUGCUGCCCAGGUGCAGGGCCACUUCAUGCUCUACAAGAUGGACCCUGAAGGAGCCAUUGCAAACACACACUCCAUCCUGCUGUGACCAGGGGCCAGCUUCCCCCUGCUACACUGAGAGGAC